GCUUUUUCUCAGCGGUGAAAUGGUGAUUGGGACGGAAUCUGAAAGAAGAAGCUAUUCCGUAUUUAAUACAAUGCUGACUUGAAGCCAAUGCGUCCACCUUCUCAGCUGCGUCCACGUGCCUCCGAUGCCUCUCACGUCACUUUCACAAAUCACAAAAGCCUGAUUUGCUUAGCAAUUCCCAGUAUUUUCAAGAUUCCACAUCAUUGUUAAUCUUCCAUUGUUGAGUGGAUCAAAUGGCGGAGACCGACAAUUCUAACGGCGUCUACGUUGAGCCGGAGGCGAUCGGUGACGGUGAAGACUCCGAUUUUAGAAAACCUAAACAGACCCCUCCUGCACCCGAGAUCACGCUUCGCCUUCUUCUGAAUCGUAUUGCUGGGGCGGUUUUCUUCUCGGAUCCGGAUACACCCGGCCCGCUUCUGCACCGGCUCAAGGUCUCCCUCUCCGAAAACAUCCCGUUGCUUCCUGAAGCUUCUCAAAAUACUGCUCGCAAUAUUUACGCCUGGACUCGCCAAGGCAGCCCAUUUCGUGCCCUUCUCGUUGCUUCUGUUGGGACUAUUGCUCUUCUUGCCGUGACAGGAUUGCUACUUUUUAUGGUUUUCUUUGUCCUGGCAACUAUCAAUGCUAUUGUGGUCUCUCUUCUCAUGUCUUUAGCAGCAGCAGGGGGAUUCUUGGCUAUUUUCUUUGCCUGUUUAACAGGCAUUUACGUUGGGGCAUUAGCAUUAGCAGUAUUUGUCAUUUCAACUACAACAAUUUCAGCAAUACUUGCAGCCUUCAUAGCUACAGGUUGGAUUGGAUUCUUCUUUACUGUGUGGCUGGCAAUGUCAAAGAGCUUCUCUCUUGCAAAACAUAUGAUGAACAUGACCGGAUCAGCACUUUCAGCUUAUUCGUCUGCUCGAGAUGCAGGCCACAAUAAUGAAUGAAUGAAACAAAUAAUCCAACAGCAGGGUGAAUACAUAAGUUACUGUCACGGGCUUCCUCUAUCACAUUUGUGUAUACACCUGAGUGCUCGUUAAUAAAGUAUAUGCAUAGCUAGACUUGAGAUUAUUUUCGAUGUGUAUAUGUAUUUGGGAGUAGCCUAGAUUAGGUGUGAAUGCUCGGGUUGUGUGUGAUACUGUGAUGUAUAAAGCUUGCUAGUGGAGUUUUAUCAUGCUAAAUUUUCAGGUCUGUAAGUGGCCAUCAGGUAUACAAUGACAUAAAGAUCAGACUGUCAAUGGUGAAAUUGCCUUAUUUGAUGGCUCUGGACUCUGGAGUUUAUAAAAGUGUUUUUUUUUUU